GUCAAAACUGUGUGAAAUUAUUUUUUUGUAGAUAUGCCAUAUGUGGAGUGCUUUCUUUCAGUGGAAGCUUUAUGACAUGCCCAUGGUGCAUGGACAGGAUUCUUGCUAUUUUAGCGUCUUAGAUUGGCCUAACUUGCUGAUUGACCUCAUUUAGUUUUAUUGGAUGCUUUUUCUACUGCUACAGUACUACUGACAGUAAUAUUUAUCUUUAUAUUUACAAAACAAGAUUUCCUGUUUAUUUUCUCAUUUUCCUCUUAUCCAUUCCUCCAAGAAAGAGACAGAGGACACUAGUCAAACACUAUCCAUGACCAUUUGGACUUGGUAAAUUUUGUGCACUGGUUGAAGAGUAAAGCAAAGAACACAAAGAUCCCUUGUACUUUAAGUGUGGGCAUGUAGAACAUAUGGAGCACCUAAAUGUGCUUUUAAUCCAAGCCACCAGCUUAGAAAACUCUUACUAAUCUCUUGCUAUAUAAAUUUAAACCCGCUGUCUCCAACAGAUUAUACAAACCAAUCUUGCAAAGAGCUAGUAAAGAGAUAACAUGGGUAAACUCUUUGUGGUUUCCAUUUUUUGUUUGCUGAUACCAGCUUAUGGAGUUGCAGGGAACCUAUUGUAUGACAGCAUUGAUAUGCUUUGGGAGUUUGAAAAUUUGGACGUAGCAGAAGAGGCUGAGGAAGAACUUUUUGACGUCCCAUCGUGGACAAGUAGGUCUGCUAAGAAGGGUUUUUUAAAUGUGGAUGACUUUGGUGCAGUGGGAGAUGGAGUUUCCGAUGACACCCAGGCCUUUGUAAAAGCAUGGAACACUGCAUGUUCUACACCAGAAUCAGUAUUCUUGGUUCCUCCAGGACGUCGUUAUCUGGUUAAAGCAACACGUUUCAGGGGUCCCUGUGCAGAUAGGUUAAUCAUUCAGAUUGAUGGAAAUGUAGCACCAGAUGAACGUGAAAGUUGGGAUCCAAAGUUCCAAGGUAACUGGCUUGAUUUUUCUAAUCUGCAACGGGUGAUCUUCCAAGGGAAUGGAGUUAUUGAUGGUUCUGGCAGUAAAUGGUGGGCAGCAUCUUGCAAAACAAAUAAGUCCAAUCCUUGCAGAGAAGCACCAACUGCAUUAACUAUAGAUUCAAGCUCAGCUGUAAAGGUAAAAGGCCUAGCCAUCCAAAACAGCCAGCAGAUGCAUUUUACCAUUUCCCGCUCCACAGCCGUGCGAGUAUCUGGAAUAAAAGUCACAGCUCCCGGGGACAGUCCUAAUACUGAUGGAAUUCAUAUCACUGGUUCAACGGGUGUCACCCUCCAGGACUGCAAAAUAGGAACAGGGGAUGAUUGCAUUUCAAUUGUAAAUGGUAGCUCUGCUAUUAAGAUGAAGAGAAUUUAUUGUGGGCCAGGACAUGGUGUUAGCAUUGGUAGCCUUGGGAAGGACAAUUCCACGGGCACAGUCACAAAAGUGGUUUUGGAUACAGCAUUCCUCCGAGAGACAACAAAUGGUCUCAGGAUCAAGACUUGGCAGGGUGGUUCUGGUUAUGUUCGUGGAGUACGUUUUGAAAAUGUGAGGAUGGAUGAUGUUGCCAAUCCCAUCGUUAUCGAUCAGUUCUAUUGUGAUUCACCAAAAGCCUGUCAAAACCUGACAUCAGCAGUAGAAAUAAGUCAGAUACUGUACCGGAACGUUAGUGGGACUACAAGUAGUUCAAAAGCAAUGAAAUUUGCCUGCAGUAACACUGUUCCCUGCAGUAACAUAGUCCUUUCAAACAUCAACUUAGAGAGGAAGGAUGGAUCGGUUGAGACCUAUUGCAAUUCUGCCCAAGGCUUUGGUUAUGGUGUUGUUCAUCCUGCAGCAGAUUGCCUAACUUCCAAUGACAAGGACAAAGAGUAUUCUAUAACUAAACUUUCCGAAAAUAAUGAGCUUGUGGAACUAGUCAAAGAGGAUAUUGGUAUGCCCAACAGAAAUGAAAUUAUUCACACUGAGCUCUGAUUUGGCUCCCAAUAAGCACAUGAAUAAUCUGAUAAUUUACUGAAUUGGCUUAACCGGAUUGUAGAAUUACUAGUUGAGCCUUCUUAUAGAUGGGCUGAGGUUGCCAUGGUAAAUUUUGUUGGAAAAACUAGAGGUGUUUAUAUUAGAUUAUAGUUAUACACAAAGUUCAUUCGCUAAACAGGUUAUGAACGAAUUUUUCGUCGUCAAAUUAUUCUGGCCGUGUAUGAAGUGUGGUGUAGAAUUUCUUUUC